GCCGGCGCGGGGCGGGGAGCGAGGCCGCAGUCCCUACCAGCUCACAGCCAGGCGUCUCUCUCCCUACGGGUCGAGGAGCGCGGUGGCGGCGGGUGAUCGUACCUGGGGACUUGGUUCGGAGGGACGUUGGCUUCUGGCAGCCGGAUUGAAGACAGAACCUUUGGGUGGCCCAGAGAAAGAAAACCUGACUUGAGGCCCAGCUCUCAGAUUUCUGUGGAGACACUGCCUGCUCAUCGAUAUCAUGGCCCUCCACCCCCGCAGAGUUCGGCUGAAGCCCUGGCUGGUGGCCCAAGUGGAUAGUGGCCUGUACCCGGGGCUCAUCUGGCUACACAGGGACUCCAAACGCUUCCAGAUCCCCUGGAAGCAUGCCACUCGGCACAGCCCCCAGCAAGAGGAGGAAAACACCAUUUUCAAGGCCUGGGCUGUGGAGACAGGGAAAUACCAGGAAGGGGUGGAUGACCCCGACCCAGCUAAAUGGAAGGCCCAGCUCCGUUGUGCUCUCAACAAGAGCAGAGAAUUCAAUCUGAUGUAUGAUGGCACCAAGGAGGUGCCCAUGAACCCAGUGAAGAUAUAUCAAGUGUGUGACAUCCCCCAGCCCCAGGGCUCGAUCAUUAACCCAGGAUCCACUGGGUCUGCUCCUUGGGAUGAGAAAGACAAUGAUGUGGAUGAAGAAGAUGAGGAGGAUGAGCUGGACCAGUCACAGCACCAUGUCCCCAUUCAGGACACCUUCCCCUUCCUGAACAUCAAUGGUUCUCCGAUAGCACCAGCCAGCGUGGGCAACUGCAGUGUGGGCAACUGCAGCCCUGAAGCAGUGUGGCCCAAAACGGAACCUCUGGAGAUGGAAGUGCCCCAGGCACCUGUACAGCCUUUCUACGGCUCUCCAGAGCUGUGGAUCAGCUCACUCCCAAUGACUGACCUGGACAUCAAGUUUCAGUACCGUGGGAAGGAGUAUGGGCAGACCAUGACCGUGAGCAACCCCCAAGGCUGCCGGCUCUUCUAUGGGGACCUGGGUCCCAUGCCUGACCAGGAGGAGCUCUUUGGUCCUAUCAGCCUGGAACAGGUCAAGUUCCCAGGGCCGGAGCACAUCACCAAUGAGAAGCAGAAGCUGUUCACCAGCAAGCUGCUAGACGUCAUGGAUAGAGGACUGAUUCUGGAGGUCAGCGGGCACGCCAUCUAUGCCAUCAGGCUGUGCCAGUGCAAGGUGUACUGGUCUGGGCCAUGUGCCCCAUCACUUGUUGCCCCCAACCUGAUUGAGAGACAAAAGAAGGUCAAACUGUUUUGUCUGGAAACGUUCCUGAGUGAUCUCAUUGCCCACCAGAAAGGACAGAUAGAGAAGCAGCCACCAUUUGAGAUCUACUUAUGCUUUGGGGAAGAAUGGCCAGAUGGGAAACCCCAGGAAAGGAAACUCAUCUUGGUUCAGGUCAUUCCAGUGGUGGCUCGGAUGAUCUAUGAGAUGUUUUCUGGUGACUUCACACGAUCCUUUGACAGUGGCAGUGUCCGCCUGCAGAUCUCAACUCCAGACAUCAAGGAUAACAUCGUUGCUCAGCUGAAGCAGCUGUACCGCAUCCUGCAAACCCAGGAAAGCUGGCAGCCCAUGCAGCCCACCCCCAGCAUGCAACUGCCCCCUGCCCUGCCAGCUCAGUGAUCAUGAAUGCCAUCUUCCUCCUCUUUUUUAUAAUAUUGUACAUAUGGAUAUUUUUUAUUUUUCAGAUUUAACCAGCUUUCUAAAGCCUUUCUUCUAACAAUAUUAGUAAUCUCUGACUCUCCAAGUAUGUCUAGCUUUUAAAGUUGAUUUAAUUUAUGAAAAAAAUCACCCUUCAUACUUUCCUCUUCUUUAAACCUCCCAAGGUAGUAUAAUGUAGUAUCAAUAGAAGGAGAUUUAGCCUGGGAGUUUGGACAACAGGGUUCUAACUGCAGCUUUGCUUCCAGUGGGGUGGUGUUGAACCAAGUCAUUUAACCUCUGGGCUUUAUAUUCGUUACUGUAAAGUGAAGGAGUUAGAAUGAUGCCUGAAAUAAUGCCAGCUUUAAGACUCUGACUUGAUGACUUCAUUCUAUUUGUACAAGGCAAAACUGCCCGGAACAGAACCCUUCUGCCUUGUUCUUGUGCCAUGGUUUUUUUUUUUUUUUUUUUGGCUCUCAUUAAAGUCUCCUGAAGCACUGAUUUGUCCAGGAUUGAUCUCCGUUUGACCUGUUAUGCUAGUAUAGUAGGCUGGUUCCCUGAUGGGGGAGAGGGAGGGAGGGGUGCCAGCUGGUUGCUUAGGAACCAAGCUUGAUAUCUAAACAGAAAUAGGUGCCAAAGUCUGAAAGUCACCCAGCCUGUGGAGUAAAAGCUCACAAAUUGAGCUUCUAAAAGGAAGCUGUUGACAUAGAAAAAGGUUAGGGAUUCUGUGGUCAGGUGUUCAACUUGCUACCACUCAAAUACAGGCAUACCUCGGCGGUAUCGCCAGGCUGGUUCCAAACCCCCAUGAUAAGCUGAAUAUUGCCAUAAAGCAAGUCAUACAGAUUUUUUGGUUUUCCAAGGCAUAUAAAAGUUAUGUUUACAUUAUGCUAUAGUCUGAGUGUGCAAUAGCAGUAUAUCUAAAAAUACAAAUGUGCAUACCUUAAUUAAAAAUACUUGAUUGCUAAAAAAUGGUAACCAUCUGAGUCUUCAGUUAGUCAUAAUCUUUUUGCAAUCGUUACAUCAAAGAUCACUUAUCACAGAUCACCAUAACAAAAAAAAAAGAAGUAUUGUGAGAAUUACCAAAACAUCACACAUAGACAUGAAGUGAGCAAAUACUGUUGGAAAAAUGGUGCCACCAGUCUUGAUGCAGGGUUGCCACAAACCUUUGAUUUGUAAAACACAGUAUCUGCAAAGUGCAAUAAAGCAA